UAAGAACUUUCGAAAGUUGUGUGACAUCAUCAACGACCCUAUAAGUUAGACAGCUCAAAAGCCCUUCUGUCUAGCCUUUGAAUGGAUGGAUACGACUCUGGCGGAGGUUCCUUUCGAGGAACACAUGAAAGAUCCUGUAUUAGUCGCAAAUAUUGUCAAGGUAUGCUUGGAAGCAUUUGUCGAGCUAGAAAAAGAGCACCUUGUUUAUUCAGACUUGAAACCCGCGAAUGUUCUUAUAUCUAGCGUUGACGGGCUGUCUAAAGUCAAAAUCGGAGACUUGGGGCUAGCGGGACCAGAGGGCGGCAAUCCACGCUGGGUUCAGCCCGAAGCAUUUCGUGCUCCUAAGGUCUGGACAGGGGUGCGCUGCUUCCAUAAAGCCGAUGUGUGGUCUAUUGCUGCUAUGAUAUUACAACGGUUUGAUCCCAACAUCCUAGGCAAUGCCGACAACAUCGACAAGACGCUUAUUCACCCAAUGGCAUGGUGCCUAGCGAAGAUUAUACUCCUCUUCGAUCCAUCCUGUAGCUCGAUUCCUCCUCCUUCUGACGUCGAUAAGACCUUACAGGCCUAUUUCGAGUUGGCCCAAAACCUUACGACAACACAAGCAGAGGAAGAUUCGGACGAAUUACUUUUGCAGAUUCCUUCAUUUGAGGUAUGGGCUGAUCUAGCUAUGGACGCCGGCAUCCCGAAGGUAGUCCUAGACGUUAUACGCCUUUUGGCCGUUCCUAACCCGACGAACAGACCUUCGGCUCUGCAAGCUCUUCAAUCACCCGAAUAUAAGGCCCUCCAGAAAGCUGCCGCCGCGUAUGGAAACUAGGAAGCUCUCUUAAGAUCUGGUAUCCGAUGAUUCCAAAUGGGCACUUGGGUUCGAGCUGAUGCAAAGAUGGGAAGCCCUGGAGGACAUGUU